AGACUAGUGAAAGAUGAUUGACAGAAAACGCAGAAAAUUAAAUGUAAUUUGUAAAAAAGGAUAUUUGAUAUGUAAAUAUUGUUUUCAUAAUUGUAAAUACUAAACUGUAACAGUGCUGUGAUAUUUGUAAUGGCUGAUGAGGGAUCAGAACGAGGGUCAGAUCAAGAACUUCGAAAAACCCUUCAUAUAAUACAAUCCAUGAUUGAUGUUUCUGCUCAACGAUUAGAAGGACUAAGAACACAAUGUGCUACAAGUGCAGAAUUAACGCAGAAAGAAAUGAGAACUUUAGAGGGAAAACUCAUAACGAUGUUUUCAGAACAAUUGGUAAUAAAAUCGAAAUUAAAAACAGUAUGUGAUGAGCAUAUACCAUCACUUACACAGUGGUUGCAAGUAGUAGGUUUAGAAAAUUCAAGUAUUCUUGGUCUUUGUCAAAGGAUAUCUUCGGUUGAAGAACUCCAAGAAAAACCAGAAAAUGAAUUGAAAAGUAUUUUAAGUGAUAAAGGUUAUAAACCAGAAGAAUUGAAUAAAUUGUGUAGAGCUUUACAUAGCUUAAAAAGAUAUGUCAAUAAACUAAAACGAGGAGAUAAAGAUUGCAAUGAUAUACCCGACCUUCAUUGGGAUUCAUGGGUUCCUGAUCAUCACCACCAAGUAAAAACUGGGUUAUCACCAAGGCCAGGACGAUCUAGAUGUGCAAGAAUUUCUGUCCCAUCUGAAGAGAACUUAGGUUUGAAUAACAAUAAAGGAGGUGCAAUAAUUCCUCCUUCUUCUUCUGUGUCUAGCAUUGACACUUUGAAUGCUCAGUGUAAUGUGCUUGGGCCUCCUUUAACUCCCCCUGGUCAAGGGAGGGGGAAAGGUGCUAAAUUUCCCACCACGCCUCCCGCUAGAAGAAGACAUCAAACUGGCAUUCCACCAUCGUUAUUACCUGAAUAUCCCUUAACCAAAAGUAAAUCACACGAGUCACAACUGGCUGGUCCUAAAGGAGAAAGUGAUUCAAAGCCAAUAAAUGGUACAGGAUCUGUCGGUAGAAGAGGAAGAUUACCUACAGAACCAGGACCAAACACGAUGGGUUAUUCUAGUCCUUUAACUACGAGUCCUAUUAAGUCACCACCAUAUAAUCAUACUUUAGGUGGAGGUGACAGUGAUGAUAAUAGUUAUAAAUCUAUUAGUCUUCAAGUUCCGAAGUCUCCUCGAACUCCAACAGUGCUGGGUAAAAUAAUGACUCAUCAAAUUAAUCACAGAUUCACCAAAACGUUUAAGAUGAUGUCCUCAUGUGGAUACUGUCAAAAACCAAUUUAUUUUGGUACUGGCUUAAAGUGUAAAGAAUGUAAAUAUACUUGUCACAGGGACUGUGAAGAUAAAGUGACGCCUUCUUGUGGACUACCUACAGAACUUCUUAAUGAAUUUAAGAAAAAUUUUCCUAUGGACACGGGAACCACAUUUGUGUCUCCUACAAUGGGAAGGGCUAGUGGAAAAAAUAUGAUUAAUUCGUUAACGAGAACUAGAGCUAGAAAAAACUCACAUCCGCAACCAUCAAUAAACACUCCACCAUUUCCACCUCCCGAUUCCAGUUCCAAUACAUCUAGUUGUAAUAGUUCAACGCCGUCGAGUCCUGCAGUUCAGACCUUAACGACCCCUCAUUCUAGUCAAAAAUCUACUUUUCAUUUUCCAGACGUCACACUCGGUGAAACAACGAACGAAGUGACGUUAGAAACUCACCCGUUACCAAACGUACCUCUCUUUCAUCGGGAUCUAGUAAGUUCUCAACAAUCUACUGACAAUGAUAGAACAGCAUCACAAACCUCAGAAAGUACAAGUACGGAUUCUGACAAGACUCCUGUUCGGGUAGACUCUCAAGAUAGUCAAGUUUCUGAUAGUGAGACUAUUACUGAUGGACAUCGAUGGCCUCGACAGAAUAGUUUAUCUAUGAGAGAAUGGGACAUUCCUUACGAUGAGUUGAAAAUGAACGACAUCAUAGGAACCGGGCGAUUUGGAACGGUCUACCGGGGACAAUGGCAUGGUGAUGUAGCAGUAAAAGUAUUAAAUGUUAAUUAUUUAAAAGACGAAAAAACGUUAGAGCAAUUUAAAAAUGAAGUUUCGACUUUCAGAAAAACCAGACACGAAAAUUUAAUUUUGUUUAUGGGUGCUUGCAUGAAACCACCUAAAUUAGCGAUAGUAACAAGUUUGUCUAAAGGAUUAACUUUGUACACACACAUACAUCUCAGGAAAGAUAAAUUCAAUAUGAAUAAGACCACUAAUGUCGCCCAACAAAUAUCUCAGGGAAUGGGAUACUUACAUGCGAAAGGUAUUAUUCAUAAAGAUUUGAAAAGUAAAAAUAUUUUUGUAGAAAACGGCAAAGUAGUCAUUACAGAUUUUGGACUUUUCAGUGUAACAAAGUUAUGUUUUGGAAAUAGGCGGACGGAUAGUUUAGGCAUUCCUCCAGGAUGGUUGUGUUAUUUAGCUCCAGAAAUAAUGCGUAGCUUACACGCCCACCAACCUCAUGAUGAAGAAUUGCCAUUUAGUAAAGCUUCAGAUGUCUACGCCUUUGGGACUGUGUGGUACGAACUACUUUGUGGGGAAUGGCCAUUCAAAGGCCAACCGCCUGAGGCUGUUAUCUGGCAGGUAGGAAAAGGAAUGAAACAACCUCUUGCCAAUCUUCAAGCAUCUAGGGAUGUGAAGGAUAUAUUGAUGCUGUGCUGGUCUUUCCAUUCAAACGAUAGACCCGAUUUUAUAAGGUUACUCAACAUUCUAGAGAAGUUGCCAAAGAAACGUCUGGCGCGCAGUCCAUCUCACCCUAUCCAUCUUUCUAGGUCUGCUGAAUCUGUAUUCUAAAGUUGUUAAGUAUUUUCAAAGUAUGGUGUACCAUUUGUCCAGUAUGUGUUACUUAAAAAGUAAUUUUAUAGUUAUCCAAUAAAUAUUUUUAAUUAAUAGAAAAAAAUUGAAGCUAUGAUAUUUUCGUGCCAAGAAAAUUCAAGUUUUGACUUUGUUACACCUUGGCAUCAACCUGAAUUAAUUAUACAUUUUUUCAUUAGAAUGAUAAAGAACUGAACCAGUGAUUCAUUUUUUAUGUAACACAUAUAGACUAUAUGACAUACAAGUGAUUUUAGUGUGAUUUUUGUAAAUAGAAUAAAUGCAACGUAAAACCUCACGGAUGUCCCGGUAUUCCUUAGAGGUCAUGUAAGAACGUUAUUUUUCUAGUGUGAAUUUGAAAAACCCUCAUAAAUAUAAUGAAAGGUCUCAUUUUCAAGUUAUCGUUCAGGUUUUAAUGAAUUGUUAGCACAAGUGUCGCACUUCUAAUUGUGAGAUAUUCGUAUUCCCAUACAUUUCAUUAAUCAAAAUAAUCGAAUUUAAGUAAUAUGAUAAUUCCACUUAAUAUAUAAAUAAUGUCUUAUAGAAACGUAACUUUUUACUAGUAUUUUUAGUUUAUUUUAAUUUUAAAAUUGUAAAGAGAUCUGUUGUAUGUGCUAGACCCAGGUAUUUAGACUACAUCUCUUAAUACACUAAUUACGUUUUUGGUUUCUAAAAGUUAUUUAUUAUUUUAAAAACACAAAUUUAUUUAAAAGUAAAGAAUUACUUUAACUUCUAAAGACUAUAUCUUAACUUUUACUUUACUUUGACUUCUUCUGAUUUACAUACAUCUUCAUAUUUAUAGAUAAAAACUGCUCAACUUGAAUAAUUGUUUCACAAUAAAAAUAAUCUUAUUGAAAACAACAUUUUUCUCUAAGUAAACAUAACUAAUGUAUUUAAUGAACAUACUUGAAUAAUUACAAUGUAACUUACUCUUAGAACAUUAAUUUGUAAUUAAUGCCUAUUAUUUAAGACGGCUUCUAGGAGGCUAAUUUACCGCUUUCUAUGAUUGUCUGCUGUCCCAGGGCAUGCAGAACCUAUAUGUUCCGAUGUUUCACCUGCUUCUCCACAAAACCUGCAUUCGCUGCUGUUUUCAUACUAAUUUUCACGAGAUAUCUACCUAGUGGGUAGGUUCCUAUCGAUUCGGUGAAUUUGAUUCUUGGCCUAUACAUUCCUAUGAAUUCUUUUUGUCAUUCAACAAUACCGAUUUUAGUAAAUCAUCUACUGGGAGCAUUAUUCCAAUCCCAGGCUUAAUAUCGGUACUUUGAGCUAGUUAUCUGUUUUCUGGAGGGGUGGUUGCCAACCCAACCCUCCUUUUUGUUCCGGACUUGGGACCAACAACAGUACCAUUAGGCUACUCAGUCCAUCCAGAAGCACUGCAAAUGAAAUUCAAGUACUUUGUGGAGACGUAGAAGACGAGAUAAGAGGCAAAGUAGUAAAUAAGGUCGCGGAAUGUCUUCAGAAUGUAUUAAACACCUAAAACAAGAAACAAAGGCAUGAAUUUACAAAGCAACAAACAGACCUCUAAUGACCUAUAUAUUAGAAACAAAGCCAGAAAUAUUGAAAACCAAACAACUCUUGGAUACCAUAUAAUGGUAUCAACAAAGCCGAAUAACAAACAAGGGAUAAAUCUCAAAUUGGAGUAGUAGUUGACCAAAUUUUGUGAUUUUUGUAUUUUGCUAAAUUAUCAUUAGAAAAAAUGAUUUCUUUUUAGUUUUUAUAUUGAGAAAUUGAUUACAGUCAUACGUAGAAGUGUAGAACAUAAAUAAUUUAAGAAUUCAUUGUUUUGUAAUAUUUAUCAUCCACAAGUAUCAAUUAAAAAAUAAUCUUGUUGAUAAGCAUCUACAAUGUAUAGAUCAUUAAAUACUUGCUGUUAUUUCUUUUCGUUUUUUGAAUUGCAAUGCACAUACAUUAGGAAGGUGCUUUAGUGUCAUUAAAUAGAAUUUUUUUAUUUAUUUUUAAUUAUGCUUUCAUAGGCGAGGUAUCUCCUGACUAUGAUACCCGAUGAUACUUUUUAAGUUGAAGAGAUAAUCGCAUUUACCCGUAUAUUGGGUAGAAAUCAAAUAACUAUGAUCCAUUCACUUUAUUCAGUUUCUGAACAUCAGUGAACGUGUUAAAGUCUAAAUUAUGUGUCUAAAUUUUUAAAAUGUGUAAAUGAGUGUUUUAUCACAUUCAUUUUGUUUUUAUAUGAGUAGUUAACAUUUCUGAUUAUGAAAUAUAUGGGAAUUGCGAGAUUUGUUAUUGUUCGUCGAUUUUCUGCAUCUAUCAAAACUUAACACAAUAAAAAAAAUUUUUAUUGUUUCAACUAUACAAAUAUAUAUAUAUAUAUAUAUAUAUAUAUAUAUAUAUAUAUAUAU